GGAUUAUUAGCAUUGAGUUUGGCAUCACUAGUCCAUAGACAAUAAAGUUUGCAUAUUGGUAAUGUUGGCAUUUUCCCUUAGCAUAGCAUAGCAUAGUAGCAUAAUUCUGACAAUUCUGUUUACAAAUGGCGGAUCGAUGUGCUUGCCUACGUUGUGUAGCCGAAGUGUAAUCGAUAAAAGCAAAAAUCAAUAAUUAUAAGGCGAGGCCUAUCUGACGGUGUUGCUUAUGAACUCUUCUUCAAGAACUCAAGUGUAUUUUUAAUAUGUAAAACUUAGCACGAAUCGCGAAUAGAAUAAAAAUGCAUCGUCGCGGCGGGAAACGCAUCCGAAUGGAUGAUCCACCUCCCGAAUAUGUAAAUCCUACAACUCCGGCUACUCCAGCGACAGAUUAUGGAGGGAGGUCUACGCACGAGCCAGACUUGAAUCGGCCUGGGUUUGACGAUGGGGUAGGUAUCGAGUCCGUUCGAGAAGCUGAGGACUCUCAUCAUGAAGAAGAAGAGGCGCGUUCACCGUCGCCGGCUCCUACCAAGCGUGUGACGCGGAGUCGCGGGCGUGGCGCGGACGGGGGCUAUGUGGGGUGCUUGGCGGAAUCACCGCCACCUCCGCCCGUACGCCGGAAGCCGAGAGGUGGUGGAGGCCGAGGGAGAGGCCGAGCAAGGGGGGCCCCAACCCUCCCUCCGGCGUAUUCACCACCACCAGUUCUACUGCCUGGGGAUGAUGAAAACAGUCUGUAUAAUAUCCUCAGGUUCAACAAAACUGCAAUCAAUCAAGUGGUGGACAUGUGGAUUGAAGAGUACAAGACCAAUCGUGAAAGUGCACUGGUACAACUGAUGCAGUUUUUCAUCAAUUCAUCUGGUUGUCGUGGCAAGGUUACUCCUGACAUGGCUUCUAUGGACCAUACCCUUAUUAUCAAAAAAAUGACACAGGAAUUUGAUGAGGAAAGUGGGGAAUAUCCUUUAAUAAUGACAGGGCAGACUUGGAAAAAGUUCCGGUCAAACUUCUGUGAGUUUAUCCAAACAUUGGUGAAAAUGUGCCAGUAUUCCAUCAUCUAUGAUCAGUACUUGAUGGACAACAUCAUUUCCCUGCUUACGGGGCUCUCUGACUCACAAGUGAGAGCUUUCAGGCACACUGCCACUUUAGCUGUGAUGAAGUUAAUGACGGCUCUGGUGGAUGUGGCGCUGCUGACGAGCGUGAACUGCGACAACUGCCUGCGCCAGUACGAGGCGGAGCGGCUCAAGGCGCGGGACAAACGCGCCUCUGACCGCCUCGAGGUGCUCGUGGCCAAGCGCCAGGAGCUCGAGGAGAACAUGGAGGAGAUCAAGAACAUGCUCUCCUACAUGUUCAAGUCCGUCUUCGUGCACAGAUACAGAGACACACUGCCAGACAUUCGGGCCAUCACGAUGGCUGAGAUAGGCAUCUGGAUGGAGAAGUUCCCUGCGCACUUCCUCGAUGAUCUCUAUCUUAAGUACAUCGGUUGGACCCUACAUGACAAGGUUGGUGAGGUCCGUCUCCGCUGCCUGCAAGCGUUGCAGCCGUUGUAUGAGUGCGAGGAGUUGAAGGGCAAGCUGGAGCUAUUCACGUCCAAGUUCAAGGACCGCAUCGUUGCCAUGUCCCUGGACAAGGAGACCGAGGUCGCUGUGCAUGCAGUACGACUGGUCAUAGCCAUCCUUAAAAUGCACCCGGACGUGCUGACGGACAAGGAUUGCGAGAACGUGUACGAGCUAGUGUAUUCGUCGUGGCGCGGGGUCGCGGCCGCGGCGGGGGAGUUCCUCAACGUGAGGCUGUUCCGAGCCGAGCCCGCGCCCGCCCAGCCCGGCCCCGCGCCCGCCCCCGCGUCGCCCGCCCUCGCCGCCCUCUCCGCGCCGCCGCCCGCCCGCUCGCGACGCGGCAAGGCGCGCCUGCCCAACACGCCGCUCGUGCGGGACCUGGUGCAGUUCUUCAUCGAGUCCGAGUUACACGAGCACGGCGCAUACCUGGUGGACUCGCUGAUCGAGUCCAACCCCAUGAUGAAGGACUGGGAGUGCAUGACCGACCUGCUGCUGGAGGAGGCGGGGCCCGGCGAGGAGGCGCUCGACAACAGACAGGAGUCGUCCCUCAUCGAGCUGAUGGUGUGCUGCGUGCGGCAGGCCAGCACGGGGGAGCCGCCCGUGGGCCGCGGCCCGGCGCGCAAGCAUCACCACAUGCUGACCAAGGAGCAGGCCAAGGUGGUUAGCGAUGACCGCGCCCGUAUGACGGCCCACUUUAUCGGCACCUUGCCCGCGCUGCUCGACAAGUUUGGUGCCGAUCCAGAGAAGCUGACCAACCUGGUCUCCAUCCCCCAGUACUUCGACCUGGACACCUACACCACUCAGCGCCAGGAGGGGAACCUGACGUUACUACUGAACAAGAUCCGCGAGAUUGUGAGCGUGCAGACCGAAGCGGAAGUGGUGGAAGCAUGCGGGCGGACCCUGGAGUACCUGUGCAGCGAGCAGGGCGGCGUCUACACCCGCUGCAACGUGGCCCGCGCCACCGUCACCGACAGCUGCGUCAACCGGUACAAGGAGGCCAUCGACGAGUACCGCACGCUCAUCGAGGGGGGUGAAACCCCGGACGCGGACGAAGUAUUCAACGUAGUGAACUCCCUGCGCAAAGUGUCCAUCAUGUACAUGUGCCACAACCUCAACGACACCAACAUCUGGGACUCGUUGUACGAAGACCUGCCCAAACCCGGCUCCCAGCCUGGUAACCAUCAGCUACCUGACCAGGCGGUGGUAUACGUGAUACGCGCGUGCUUCUACUCGCUGCUCUGGUCGUUGCACGAGCUGGAAGAGCGAGCGGGGCGCGCCACUCCCGCCGCCGGGGCUGCGCUGCGGGCCCGUCUGCAGGCAUACACCGCCGUAUGCAGGCAGCUCGUGAGGGACGGGCCGCCCGACCACCGCCAGGAGGCAUACGUGAGCCUGUGCGACCUGCUGAUCCUGUUCUCGGAGCAACUGGCAGUCCAGAACCCCGGCGAGAAGGCGCUCCGGGAGCUGGUGCUGGAGGCCGAGCCCUCUCUGCUCGACGACCUCAACCACUUCAUACAGGACGUGGUGUUCGUCAACCACAACUACGAUGGUCAAGAUGAGAGACGUAUAGAGGAACUGCACAAACGGCGCAACUUCCUGGCGGCCUACUGCAAGCUCAUCGUGUACAACGUGGCGCCGAUCAGGCGCGCCGCUGACGUCUUCAAGCAUUAUAUCAAGUGUUACAACGACUACGGCGACAUAAUCAAGGCGACUGUGAGCAAGGCUCGCGAGAUCAGCAAGCUGAGCUGCGCCCUCACCAUGGAGCUGGCCAUGCAGGCUCUCUUCGCCGACAUGCUGUCCAAGCAUCCGGCACCUAAUCGACAACUGCCAGAGUUCCUCGAGCUCAAGGAGUUGGCCAAGCGGUUCUCGGUGAUGUUCGGGCUGGACGCGGUGAAGAACCGCGAGGCGCUGACGGCGCUGCACCGCGCCGGCGUGUCGUUCGCCGCGCUCGACGCGCACUGCCGCUCCCCCCCGCCCCACCUGCUGUUCCUGGAGCCGCUCGCCGAGUUCUGCACGCGCCUGCUGCGGCAGGACAAGCGCCACGUGCUGAAGUUCCUGGACACGAAGAUAACAUCGGUGGCGUGGGGCGAGGAAUGGGCGCCAUUAUCCACGUACCGCAACUGCCUGCUGACCGACUCCCCGGAGGAACGGCACCCGCCCUCACGCAAGCACUACACGAGGCGACAGCGACAAAACGAAGAAGAGGAGGGUGAGGACAACCCGGAGUCGGACCCCGAGCAGCCCGGGUGAGGCCGCCAGCGGACACCGCCGCCCCUACACACUACCGCUACCCUAUAUACACUAGACAAACUCCCCCUUAUUAAUAAACGAAAACCAAGCUUGGCUUAGUUACUCCAUAUCUUGUCUCUGUUCACAGAAUCAAAAGUGUCAUUUGAGUGACAUGAACAAAAUACGGCGUAACUAGUCUCGAUGCUUAUUCCUCAUUAAUAAUAAGGGGGAAUAUGAUUAUACUAAAUCAAGGUUUAUUGCAAACACUUAAUACUAUAGCCACUCUUUUGCACUAUCGCGAACAUUUGCCGCUUUCACGACCUUCGCAAUAGUCACAAUUCUGACUUUGUUCUGGAAUGUGAUUAUCGCUUGGGCCGAUUUGUCAUGAAAUGCGGAGUGUUCGCGAUAACGCGACUGUGGGGUAGCGUUAGGACUACUACACUGCAUACUACACAAUACACAGUAAUAUCAAAUCAAAGUUCAUAAUGGAAAUGAUAUACCGCAAGGCCUUAAGGCCCACUUGCAGCACAUUUUGCCAAAUCUCGAUUAAACUAAAACAAUAUCUUUCCCAUAGAAAUGUGUCAAAACGUAAAAGUUAAUUUAACAUUAUUCUAUGUGUUAAAUCUAGUUUUGGUUAAAUUACGAUUUAGCAUAAUUGCUGCUAGUGGACCUAAUUGUCUACUGUGGUCGCCGUCACGACAUGUAAAUUAUGUAGGCAUGCGUUUAAGUUAUAUAAGUUUGAUUGUUUGUAAGUUAAUGCUGUCACUUUGUGAUAAUAAGAAUAUAAGUGAUUUAGUUUGAGAAUUUUAUUUGCGAUAGAUUGUUGUUUUCACGGGGUACUUUUUAUUUAAAUAAUCAAAUAGUCUGAAUUUUUGUGUUUGUCAACAUUACUCAUAGCUUCUUGUGACGGCGACUAUAGAUCGGUUGUCUGAAAGUAUGGAUGCUAACGUGUUUCCCCGCGCUAUAGGGUUGCCAGACGCUGGCUUAUCAAUUCCGGGACCCCCAAAAUAAAACAUCACAUCAAAAUAUGGGUCAUGACCGAAUGCCUUUAAUAUGGCUUACUUCUGACGCCCACCUCGCACGUAGGUGUGGGUAUAGUGAAAAAAGGGUGUUUGGGGAUUGCGGGACAAUAAGGUUUAAUUACUGGACACGGAACAAUAAGAAAAAUUCCGGGACAAUCCCGGAUUUCCCGGUCAUUUGGUAACCCUACCGCGAUGUAUAUGUAUCCGUAGCAUGACCGCAUCAUGUUUAAGACGAUACGACGAUAUAUCGAUAUUAAACUACUAAAUGAGGAGCUCGAUGGCGCAAGUGGUUAGCGCGUUCGGCUGCGACCGUUGAAGUUAAGCAACUUUCGCAGUGGACGGUCAUUGGAUGGGUGACCAAAAAUUUACUAUCUCGAGCUCCUCCGUGCUUCGGAAGGCACGUUAAGCCGUUGGUCCCGGCUGCAUCUGCAGUCGUUAGCACCCACCAAUCCUCACUGGGCCCGCGCGGUGGGUCAUGGCCCAAUCUCCCU